GCGCAACCACACAGAGCAGUCAAGUACCCAGUCACAUGGCUUGGCAGCCUUGGCUUGUCACUAGGUUGUUAGUGCAUCUCUCUGCCACAUGUCGCGUGCUUCCACGUGAUGGUCACCCCUUGUUCUACUUUUUAGGGAGCAAUUGCUCUACUCUGCUACUCACCCGUAUCAGUCCUAUUGCACUUCUCAGGUUGCUUUUGCUGAACACCUCACCAUCCACGUCCUCACUGUACAUAUAUUCACAUAUUCACGCAUAG